CACAAGAACAAAUUCUCUCUCUCCUUCAUCAUUUCUCACCCGUCAUGGGCUCCAUUGCCGAUCACGAUCACAAGGAAGUCGCUACAGAGCUUCUCCCUUACAUCCGCAUAUACAAAGAUGGCUGUGUUGAGAGAUUAAUGGGUUCUCCCACUGUACCUCCUCCUAACGACACAGAAACUGGAGUCUCAUCAAAAGAUGUUAUCAUCUCUGAAACUCCUCUCAUCUCAGCUCGACUUUACCUCCCAAAACAUGUCAACCCUAAUCAAAAGCUCCCAAUCUUGGUCUACUUCCAUGGCGGAGCCUUCAUCUUCGAAUCUGCCUUCUCUUUCCUCGAAACCAAGUUCAUGAACCGGCUGGUUGCCGAAGCCCGAGCCGUGGCUGUGUCAGUAGACUACAGGCUAGCCCCAGAACAUCUUCUCCCCUCUGCUUACGACGACUGCUGGGCUGCGCUCCGCUGGGUCGCUUCACAUUCGGCCGCUGACACUACUGGCAUCAACCCAGACCCAUGGUUGUUGAACCACGCCAAUUUUGAACGAGUCUUUAUCGGUGGAGACAGUGCAGGGGCUAAUAUAGCACAUAAUAUAGCCAUGCGAGCAGGCUCUGAGGAAUUACCAGGUGGAGUCGAACUGUUAGGAGCUUUUACUACCCACCCUUAUUUCUGGGGGUGGAAGCCAAUCGGAGAAGAACGUAAAGAAGGGCUUGAGCAGAAGCUGCCAUAUUUAUUAUGGAAGUUUUUGUAUCCAACAGCACCUGGUGGAAUUGAAUGUCCCAUGAUUAACCCUCAUGGGGAAGGAGCUCCGAGCUUGAGUGGUCUUGGGUGCAGUCAGCUACUUGUGAGUACAACUGACAUGGAUGGACUGAGACACAGAGCUUUUGCCUAUUACAAUGGCGUGAAGGAAAGCGGGUGGGAAGGAGAAGCGGAGCUGGUUGUUGUUGAAGGUGAACCUCAUGGCUUUCAUACUUGCAAUUAUGAGUCUGAGAGUGCAAAGCAAAUGAUCAAACGUCUGGCUUCCUUUCUUCUCAAAUGAAAUCGUUCACCGAGUAUCUACGAAUAUAUGUACUGUAUACAUAUUUGCUUUACUGUCUACAGCAGCUGAGUUUAUGCUGAGUAACAGAAAAGAGCUGCUUCUUUUUCCUCUCAACUGUUAAAAUAAAAGUAUUCUGCAUUCCC